GUCAGGUUCCAGGUACACUAAGUUUGUAUACACAAGUUUGGGGAGUUGGCGUGAGCAAUGGCCGAAUCGUCGGAGCGGGAUACAUAAAUUAAGUCGCUGGACAGAUGAAAACUGACUGAGGGAAUAAGAGAACAUGCAUUGGGAACAAGUACUCCGAUUGGAUAAUGGCAAGAUUGAGCAGUUGGAGGUGAGUGGCUGGGCUCAGACCCCCCAGGCAGUGUCGUGUGGGGAGGAUGGGUCUUUCCCUGGGGGUGACGAUUGCACCCUGGACCCCCAGCGCACCAAGCAGGCUAUCACCCAGCUGCAGCAGAAGAUCCUCAAGCUCACCGAGCAGAUCAAGAUUGAGCAGACGGCCAGAGACGACAACGUGGCCGAGUACCUCAAACUGGCCAACAACGCUGACAAGCAGCAGAGUGGCCGCAUCAAACAGGUGUUUGAGAAGAAGAACCAGAAGUCAGCCCAGACCAUCCAGCAGCUACAGAGGAAGCUGGAGCACUACCACCGCAAGCUGAGGGAGGUGGAGCACAACGGCAUCCCUCGUCAGUCUAAGGAUGUCCUCAGGGACAUGCAGCAGGGCCUAAAGGACGUGGGGGCAAAGGUCACAGGCUUCAGCGAAGGCGUGGUUGACAGUGUCAAGGGAGGCCUCACCAGCUUCUCCCAGGCUACACACUCUGCUGCCGCCGGGGUCGUCUCCAAGCCCCGAGAGAUCGCCUCGCUGUUCCGCAACAAGUUUGGCAGCGCCGACAACAUCCCCGGGCUGAAGGACUCCUUGGAUGACCCUUCAGGAGGCGAGGAGGGGUUGAUGGGGGCCGGGGGGACGUCUCUGGGCAGCGCAGCACACCACCACCUGCAGUCCAGCCCCAAGUACGGCAGCGAGGAAGACUGCUCCAGCGCUACGUCAGGGUCGGCAGGGGCCAACAGCACCACGGGGGCCCCCGGAGGCCCCCCCAGCUCCAAGGGGAACACCCUGGAGAGGAGCCAGAGCUCCAGCCUGGACAUGCUGCUACAGGAAGUGCAGGAGCUGAGGGAGGGCCAGGGGAGACUAGAGGAGAGUCUGGAGGGGCUGAAGAGCCACUAUCAGAGGGACUACACUGUCAUCAUGCAGGCCCUGCAGGAGGAACGGUUCAGGUGUGAGCGUCUGGAGGAGCAGCUGAAUGAUCUGACAGAGCUCCAUCAGAAUGAGAUCCUAAACCUGAAGCAGGAGCUGGCCAGCAUGGAGGAGAAGAUAGCCUACCAGUCCUACGAGAGAGCCAGAGACACACAGGAAGCCCUGGAGGCGUGCCAGACACGUAUCUCUAAGAUGGAGCUGCAACAGCAGCAGCAGCAGGUGGUCCAGCUAGAAGGCCUGGAGAACGCCACGGCCCGGACCCUGCUGGGGAAACUCAUCAACGUCCUCCUGGCCCUCAUGGCCGUGCUCCUGGUGUUCGUCUCCACCGUGGCCAACUGUGUGGUCCCCCUGAUGAAGACCCGCUCCCGCUCCUUCUCCACCCUCCUCCUCAUCCUCCUCUUCGCCUUCCUCUGGAGGAACUGGGACGCGCUGUCGGGCUGCACGCACCGCGCCCUGCAGCCACCCAGAUGACCGCUUGGCCACGUGUGUUUCUAUGACUACGCGUAGGGGUGGAACUCUGGCCACACGCACACACAGGAAGCAGGAAGAGCCUAACUGCCAAUGGGAUGUGGGGGUUGUCUUGACGGACGCUGAGGAAUGAGCCUAUCGGUUGAGCUCAGUGAGGCGGUAUUUGGACUGAGGAGAAAGUCCGGGUAGGAGGAAAGAUGAGAAUACCACUCAGUUAUGACUUUCGUUUAGGAAGAAUUAGACUUUGUUUACAUUUUUGGAGAUCAGAAAUAGUGUUUUCUUUCUUUCACAGGUUGCAUCCUCAUACUGUUUUUAUUUCCUAGGAGUUAAUCAAGUAUAUUAUUGUCGUUAUUAUUAUUUCUAAUAUUAUUUUUAAUACAUAUUUGUUUUAUUCAGUACCGUGUAGCAUUAAGCUCCUCCCACUCUGCACAAAGAGAAGCUUGUCAGGAAACUGAUUGGACGUUUACCUCAGAUGCUCAGGCCCUCUGCAGAGAAAUGCUACUCUGAUUGUCUGCCUUUCAGGAAGAAAGUGCUCUACCUGGCUGUUAUUGGUAGAAUAUAAAAAGAUGAAUGAAUGCCCUAGCACUUUUCCCACCACGAUGGGUUGAUUCUGAGAUCAGAAGGAACCUUUUCCACUGAUUAUCAUUGUUUCCCGGACAAUACUUUGAGUGUCACAUCUAGAGACUCCUCGGGCUUCCGUACUGUUUCUACUAGCGAUAAUUUACAUCCUUAUAAAGUUUUAUUUUUUUUAAAUAGAAAGAGAGAAUACAUAUUUUUAAUUAGGAGAGGUGAUAUAAUGACUUCUAGAGUGUGGAAUCAGCUUAGACAAGAGGGAGGGUUUAACAGUUAGGACCACUCACCACAGAGCCACCAGAGACCAUAGGUACAAAUAAGGCCACUUUGCAGGAAAUGUGGAGUUGCCAUGAUACUGCUUUCACUGAUGCCCACCCAUUGUGUCAGCUGAAGUCCAUGUUGAAAAGGAAUGCUGCUUUUGCCAGACAUAGACAACUGUAUCCACUGCCAUGCUACUGUUGUUCAAUGCGCUGCCUGUAUUACGAAUGUGACUCACUCCAUCACUUACUGUUCUCUCUCUCCCUUUCACUCUCAUUUCAUCCCCCUGUUUCCUCCAACAUUCUGUCCUAUGUGCCAAAACUCUCCUGUUGCACCUGGUGUAGAAAUAGGGACGUUUUUAUUUUCUUUCUUUCUUUGAUAUGUACAGAGAAAAGACCCAGAGCAGGUCAUAUAGCCUUGUGGGGAUGAGAGGGCAGAGCAGAUGGUCAUAGGCAAAAUGUCAAUUACACCCUAUUCCCUUUGUAGUGCACUACUUUUACUGUGUAUAAUAGAGAAUAGUGUGCCAGCAUAUAGUUCUCUUCGAUGAUCAGCCAAUUGUACAUACGGCCUACUUGUAUGUCUCAGCUUGGAUUUGAGGUGUAUGACAAAUCAUCAUCACUUUGUGCUUUAUUAGCCAACUCCUCUGACACAUGGUCAUGACAUUGCAGAUGGAUUUACUGAACAAAGCACAAACUGAUAUGGGACCAGGCUAACAGAAUAUACCUUAACAAGGCCACUUCUGGGUAAUUGCUCUGAGACACUCUGCUAAUGAUCUGAUGUGUGUUUCCUAAUCCGGGUCCUUGAUUACUGCUGAAUAUGCCUUUUUAUCCUCCCGUUCAUCUUCUCAAGGACCUUCAGUCGAGCUAGCUGACAUGAAUGAGUCCAUCUAAAGUCCAUUCUGCAGCUCCAUUAGGAGCUUGUUUUAAGAUAAUAACUGAUAGUGGGAACUGGAGACAAGUGUUCUGGGACCAGGAUUGUGAAACACUUUGUACACUUUGAGAAUGACACAAAUACUAAUUUUCACAAAGUCUGCUGCCUCAGUUUUGAUGAUGGCAAUUUGCAUAUA